GUUCUUUUUCUCCUUCACUAGCUUAUUGUUCCUUUAACCUUCUGCCACACCAUUUCCCCCUUAUUUAUAGCUGUUCACGCAGCUACCAGUCCAUUUUCAUCACUUGGCACAAGUCUUGCUGUAUUUAUUCCGUUUUGGAAGGGCACUGGCAAGACUCUUACUCCUUUCUAUCUCCACUUUCCUCCAUUUCGUAAAUAAUGAAGUUCCACACGCUGUGCUGGGUGCUGGCAUCCACCACUAUGCUCGCCGCAUCCGCUAGCGGUGUGGGCGGUGUAGCCCCAGUACAAAUCAGAGCAGACAUCGACGACAAGGUCGUGCUGGCUCCGCGGCAGAACGCCCUGGACAGCAUCGGCAGCCGUGCCAGCGAUCUUAUAGGCGGAGGCAGCGACAAGACUCCAACGCCGACCACCCCAACCACCAAACCCACCCCGACCACGGAGCCCACAGAAGAACCAACUCUCACAUCGACACCAACACCAACACGAACGACACGGUCGACGCCAACAACACAGUCGACGCCAACAACAGACAAAGACACUGGCACUGGCACUGGCACUGGAACUGACGCUGAUACUGACACCAACACAGACGACGAUGGUGACGAGAUAGUUACCAGUUUCGUUACGACGACUCAAACCAGCAAUAUACACCGAGAGUCUAAGACAGAAGCCAACGAGUCAACGCUGGCAUCCACUCGCUCAACUUCGCAAACGCCAACCACAGCAAUGCCGAAUGUGGUGGUUGUGACGAUUACGCGGCCCGGGCUUACUACCACAAUGUUGCGGGACUUCCCGACCAUCGACCAGGCCAACGGUGAGAAGGCCGACGUCGGUGCAUCGACCAACCUGACGACGGUUAUUGCUGCGCCGUGUGUGACGGCCGGUGGACUGCUGGUGUGUGCUAUCGUGUUUUACUUCAUGCGCAGACGGGCGGUCAGCAGCAAAUACGGCGUCGACGAUAUCUUUUCGCAGCCGGUGAACCAGAGCUCGGAUCCGUUCUUGACUCCACCGCCAUACCAUGACCAACUGCACGGAUACAGCAAGGAGUAUGGCACGCCCGGCGGUGAGCACCAGCAGCCGUACCAGGCCUAUUCCCCAACCAGUAGCGAGCAGCCGUACGAGGCAUAUGCCGCGCCCAGCAAUGAGCAGCCGUACCAAGCGUACGCUCCGUCACACGGCGGGCAGCAGCACUACCAGGAUUACGCGCAGGACGAUGCACCGUACAGGGAGUACGGCCAUGCCGAGGACCGGUACAGAGACUACGGCCGCCGCUGAGUGUACCCGGCCACCAAUUCACAUGUAUCUCCCGACUCUCAUAACCUCGUGUUCAUGCUCGUUAUUUCUUCCAUCCCAAAUUGCGCUCUAAAAAUAAACGAUGUCUGUGUUUGUUCUCCAC